AUGGCAGCACGCAGGCUUCCCUUGUCCCUGUUGGUCUUGGCCAUGGUUGCAGCAUUCCUCCUGAUUUCUCCUGCACAAGCACAGAUCUGCGGAGCAAACCUUUCGAAGCUAGUGAAGGAGUGUGGUAAGUAUGUGAAGAUCAAAGGGCCACAAAUCAAGCCCUCCAAGACUUGUUGCGCUGAGAUCAAAAAGGUGGAUGUGCCAUGUCUCUGCAAAAACAUCCCCCCAGGGAUCGAAAAGAAGAUUAGCUUGAAGAAGGCUGUCUAUGUUGCCGAACGCUGUGGCAAACCUGUCCCCAAGGGAAAAUGUGGAAAGGUUGCAGGGCUUUGA